CAAAUAAAGAAACUGUCUUUUUAUUCUCAUCUCUUUCACAAACUCCCCAAUCUCCAACAACAACAAGACCUCUCUCUCUCUCUCUCUCUCUCUUUCUUUGUCUCACGUGAGCUCUUCAUCACCACCACCAUGAGCUCUUCUCCGGUCGUGAAAGGCCUAACCGACGAUGAGAACAAAACCCUCGAACCGGUUAUCAAAACAUACCACCAGUUCGAACCAAACCCAACCACUUGCACUUCUCUCAUAACCCAACGCAUCGACGCUCCUGCCUCGGUGGUUUGGCCUCUCAUCCGCAGUUUCGACAACCCUGAACGUUACAAACACUUUGUCAAAAGCUGCCGUCUCAUCUCCGGCGAUGGAAACAUAGGAAGCGUCAGAGAAGUGACGGUAAUCUCCGGCCUACCAGCUUCAACCAGCACCGAGAGGCUCGAGUUCGUCGACGAAGACCACCGUGUUCUUAGCUUUAAGGUCUUAGGUGGUGAACACAGGCUCAAGAACUACAAGUCAGUGACGUCGGUGAACGAGUUCUUGAAUCAAGAUUCCGGCAAGGUUUACACGGUGGUUCUUGAAUCUUACACCGUUGAUAUUCCCGAGGGGAACACAGAGGAAGACACGAAAAUGUUUGUGGACACUGUCGUCAAACUCAAUCUUCAGAAACUCGCAGUUGUCGCCACAGCUCCACCUAUGCAUGAUGAAUGAUUUCAAGAUUCUUUUCUCAAUCUUCUCUUAAGUCAUAUCUUAAUAAUAAUUAUUCUUAUAUUUUUCCCUUUGGUGAUUAUUUUUUUACUUUAUUUUUGAGAUUUUUUUCCAUAUGACUAUUGUGGAAGCUAGCAAAUGUUUAUUUCGAUUCCAUGAAAGAAACUGUUGUUGCAUAACGCAUAUUAGUUCUCUGUUUGUUUUUAUUCAAUAAAUGGCAAAUCAAGAAUUCUGACAUUUUGA